GGAGCUGCUGCGGGCGCUCGCCGUUUCUCCGCGGGAUUGGAAUAUGGUCGGGGAAAUGGAAACCAAGGAGAAGCCGAAGCCGAGCCCUGAUUACCUGAUGCAGCUGAUGAACGACAAGAAGCUGAUGAGCAGCCUCCCCAACUUCUGCGGGAUCUUCAACCACCUCGAGAGGCUGCUGGACGAAGAAAUUAGCAGAGUACGGAAAGACAUGUAUAACGACACAUUAAAUGGUAGUACGGAGAAGAGAAGUGCAGAGUUACCAGAUGCUGUGGGACCUAUUGUACAGUUACAAGAGAAACUAUAUGUGCCUGUAAAAGAAUAUCCAGAUUUCAACUUUGUCGGAAGAAUCCUUGGGCCCAGAGGAUUAACAGCUAAACAACUUGAGGCAGAGACAGGAUGCAAGAUAAUGGUCCGAGGGAAGGGCUCCAUGAGGGACAAAAAGAAGGAGGAACAGAACCGAGGCAAGCCCAAUUGGGAACACCUGAAUGAAGAUUUACACGUACUUAUCACUGUGGAGGAUGCUCAGAAUAGAGCAGAAAUAAAACUGAAGAGGGCUGUUGAAGAAGUGAAAAAGCUACUGAUACCUGCAGCAGAAGGUGAAGACAGCCUUAAAAAGAUGCAGCUGAUGGAGCUUGCAAUUCUGAAUGGCACCUACAGAGAUGCCAACAUCAAAUCACCAGCCCUUGCCUUUUCUCUUGCAGCAACAGCCCAGGCUCCAAGGAUUAUUACCGGGCCUGCGCCUGUUCUCCCACCAGCUGCCCUGCGUACUCCUACGCCAGCUGGCCCUACCAUAAUGCCUUUGAUCAGACAAAUACAAACCGCUGUCAUGCCAAACGGAACUCCUCAUCCCACCGCUGCAAUAGUUCCACCUGGACCCGAAGCUGGUUUAAUUUACACACCAUAUGAAUACCCCUACACACUGGCACCAGCUACAUCAAUCCUUGAGUAUCCUAUUGAACCUAGUGGUGUAUUAGGUGCGGUGGCUACUAAAGUUCGAAGGCACGAUAUGCGUGUCCAUCCUUACCAAAGGAUUGUGACCGCAGACCGAGCCGCCACCGGCAACUAACCUAUGACCUUCUGACCUCUGAACUCUUCACCCAAUGAUGACCUGACCAUGCCUGCCUGCUGAUCAGUUAACUGGUAAACGCCUUUGCUUGCCUGUCUUCAGUGCAGCGAGCUGGGGCACUUGUCCGUUCGUCUUACCAUCUAACAAAACAGACAAAGAAAUUGUUGUCCUCCAACUCCGCUUUUUGUUGUUCUCCUGUUUGGGUGAAAGUGGUUCUAGAACCUGCACUGAAUAGUAGUAAAGCAAUAAGGUCCAACUCAUCCCUCCGCACUGAUCAUCCUCUAGUGUCCCGCCCCAAGCGAACGGUAAGGAGGCCUCGCACGAGAUGGAGACAGAUGUCCCUUAACUACCCGAUGACAGAGGCAGUUACUGUGAGAGACUUCUAGGAAUAUUUUUCUUCUCAAACAAAAAAAUAAAAAAAGGAAAAAAAAAAAGUCAAAGCUCUCUCUGAAUGUACUGUGUGAUGAUGCAUCAUGCAUGAACCUUUGGUCAGGGAUGUCAUUGGGGAAGGGAUUCCAAAAAAGUAUUCAAAAUUUGAUAUGCUGUUUAAUCACUACCCAUGCCCUCAAAGGGCAGGAGUUGCAGCCUUUUAACUAUUGCCUGCCAAAUCGGACAUUUUAAAAGAAAGAGUGCCAUGAAAUGCAGAUUAUGAUGACUUUUCAGAACUACGUUAAUGCAGAGAACAAAACAGCAACACUAUUAAAGCAAAAUCUGAAUUUAAAUUAUUUUAACCAUACUUUAAUCUCCUCAGAAAAUUACGUGAGAACAAGGUACAUGCAUUAUGUGUCACAUUACUGGGCAAACUGUUCAAAUAUUUUUUUUAAACCUCCCUGUAUAGAAAAAAUUUCAUUAAGGAUGUAAAAGCCAUGCUUGCCUAUUUGCUGUAUACAUGUAAUGAAAUUGUAGAUAAAGUGUAGUGCAUUGAAACAAAAUGAACAAAAAAGUAGAUACUUUUACUAUACAAGGGUGCUGGUGCAGAAAAAAUAUAUUUUUGGAAAUGUAGCAUUUUAUACUUUCAAGUGUUAUAAAAAAAAAAGAAAAAAAGAACA